AAAGUGAAAGUAUCCCUCCAACAGCUCGGUGUGGUGCUGGAGCAACAAGGAGCGAUUUCUACCGAUGUAUAAUCAUGAGUCUGAUCUUAAAGAUACUCGGCUUCUUGUAUCUUUGUUUGGGUGUGCGGUGUGUCCACCAGGUGUCAUGGCUGCCCUGUCAGUUCACUGAUGAACACGUGUUUGUGAAUAACGAGGGUCACACUGAGACUCAGCUCAUCCACAGAGAGGCCAUGCUGCAGUUUGGUCAGAAAGGAGACGCUCCAGUUAAUCCAAAUGCCAUCACUUUCCUGAUCACUGGAUCGAAGUUGGACCUGCGGCGGUAUUCAGAUGGACUGGAUGCAGAUCAGUUGGAGUGUGAACUGCGUAGGUACAGUACAGAGGGCAUCUAUGUCCGCUGGCCAAUCCAGGAGGCCCAGGAGUAUAACCGCUGGUUCACCUGCACCCUCAGACACUCCAAGGACCUGUUCACAGUCACCAGCUUCCUCAGACACCCAUCCAACCAGGCUCCCCCAGGACAGCAGGACUACCGCAGCUGGCCUGCCAUAGAGGACAGAGAGAUACUCACCACAACAGUUGCCAUGGUCAUUAAAACACUGACUCCAUCAGUGAAAGCGGGCUUGGGCUCCCAGCAGAAGCUCCACUGUCAGUUUGCCGUCGACCACAAAGGACCAAACGUCACGGUGGAGUGGCACAUGCAGCAUCGUGGAGAAAGAACCAGACUCUUCAGUCACAACAGCCGCUUAGGACAGACCCAGGGAACGGGGGUGGGGCUGAGGAGCCUAGGAGGAGGCGAUGUUACCUACACCCUCCCGUUCACCAAGAUGAGCAGUGAAGGAACUUACAUUUGUUCGAUAUCAGUGAUGCCACUCUCCGUCAGCCUGGAUAUAAAUCUGAAUGUUGAAGAGCCUCCCCGAGUCUCCCUCAACAUCGGACCCACGCUCUCCCUGCAGGAAGGCGGGGAGCAGAAGGUCACUUGUGAUGCGGACAGUUACUUCCCUCUGGAUGUGGAGAUCAUUUGGUACGUGCAGGACCCGGCAGUGUCGGGCCAGAGGGUGGGCACUCCUCUUCCCAGGGUGCUGGAGACCGUUCUGCUGUCCAGCCACAAACACAACCAGGACAAGACGUACUCGCUGACGGCGUUCUUCUACCUCCAGGCUUCACUCAGGGACUCAGGGAAACAGUUCACAUGCAGCGUUUCACAUCGGUCCCUGAGGGUGCCCAUCAGGAAGAGCUUCAUCCUGACUGUUGAAGAGCCGACCAGCUGGAUGUUUUACUUCACUGUUGGCUUCCUUAUGGUUGCACUGGCUGUCGUCCUGUGCGUGCUGCUGCGUUACCUGGACUCAGCAAGAAAAAAAUCACUGCAGAAGAAGCCGUACUGAGCAGCCAUGGAGGACUGAGCAGAUUAAGAGGAGGAACACCAGUGAAGGCAGACGGUCCUCCUCCCUCAAACAUUUUUGUUUCAGAAUGUCUCAGAUGUUUGAAUUUUGUUUGUUUAAAGGUGAAUUUGGGUUUCUGUGAAACUGGUUUUGUUUCUUUGUGUGUGCGUGUGGUAUUAAUUUUGCUUUGAUUUUGCUGAUGCUAAAAACUUGAUACUGAAGUAAGUGAUUGGCCUCCUGGACGAACGACUUUUUGACUACUAGUAGCACCAUGGUAACACACGUGCAAGUGCAAGAGGCAACAUGGCUCACAUCCUUGCUGUGGGUUUCACACUUUUCCAGCGAUCUACAGACGGUGGGAGAGUGCAAAGAAGCACAGCAAUCAACCAACAUGGAUGCAAACGACACAUGAUUUGAAAUAAAAUCAACUUUGCUGAUGUUUAUAUGAGGAAGUAAAUACAUUUAACACACUUGUCAGACCUCAGCGACACUCACAAGGCAGUCUGGUGAGAAACACUGAAUGUACAGGGUUCCCACACAUGUUCAUGGACAAAAUUUAAAAACUUCUCCAGGACUUUUCAAGGACCAAUAAUAAAAUUUAAUUUCGGAUUAUCAUGCACUUCACUGGUUACAGUGCUUUUCUCCACACACACACAGUUAAGUUAGUUAGUGUAAGUUAAUAAUUUGCCUUACUUGACACUGAACGUCCUUUGAUGCGACUUUUGUGCAUCAGUGUCGAUGCUGAAACGAUAUAUAUCAUGCAGCCCUAAGCUGACACAUAUCAGAGCUACGUUAUGUCAGCGGUCAACUUACAGAAAAUAAAUUUGCUGUUAUGUCACAUUAUGUAGAAGGUUAUCCCUUUUUCAGAUUCAGGUUUUCCAGACCUGGAAAAAAUGACAUUGUAAACGUCCAUGACUUUUCAAAGUUUUACGUGACCGUGGGAACCCUGAGUGUAAUCAGAACUUUUGCUUGUUUACAAGAAAAUUCAGCAAUGCAUCUGUGAUGAAAUGUACAGUACCUGCAGUGUGAGAUUUUAUUGCUGAACAAGGUAAUAACACGGUUAAUAACCUCCCCCCUGCACACCAGGUACUGCAUGUAAAGAUUUGGAUUGAUAUUUAAAAAGUUUAUAUAAUUAAACAGCUGAGGAAAUGAAGGUCAAA